UUAAAGUUUGAGUUAAUUCAACUUAAAAAUAUUUGUUGACAUAAUUUUUAUCCAACAUUUUUUAAUCAACUAACAAUUUUUUUAUUAAUUUAGACUUUUAAGGCAACCAGAUAACCUACUUUUAAGUAUAACCAACAAAUAAUUUUUUACAGUGUAGUACAUUGAAAUAUUUUUUGUUUAUUUACUUAGCUUGCCAAAUCAUUCAAAAAAUAAAGGAAAAGUUGUGCCUGUAUAUUUCACCAUAUAUAUGGUGUACCUACUAUACAUUAUGCUAAAAAUAUGAUGGGUGCGUGAAAACAAAUUUAAUUUGUCAGCCUGGUUUCAUUUUAAUUUCCCAGUUAAAUCUAAAACAAAUACUGAACAGCCUGUUCACAUUUACAUUAAUUUAUUUAGCAAAUGCUUAUAACCGGCACUUGACAAAUGAGGAACGAGGUCAUCAAUCAUUGCUCCUUUCAGUAAAAGGAAAACUAAAAUAUAGGGUUUACGUGUCAGUCUCUUACACGUUGUUUGCAUGAGGUACUGCAUCUUCCAUAAUGUACAUUGUUCUUACCUAUAUUUACACUGAUUUAUUAUUAGUUUUACGCAAUGCUGAAAUCAACUAGAUUAAUUAUAAGAUUAGUUAUAAUAAUAAUAUUUAUAGUUAUACCGCUGUUGAAUGCUUUAUUUUGAAGGGUUGAGAAAUGUUCCAUGGGUGUUGAUUAUUUUUCUGUAAAAUGCACAGCUAACCUGUGAAAUGUCUUAAAAUCAGCACCAGAGCAAUUUUUUGGGUAACCGUGGGGGAAUAAUUGAAUCGAUCCUGUGAAUUAUUGGAAAAUAAUCAAUUAUCAUCAAUUAUUUCUUACGCAAACAGCAUUGCUUUACAAAAACAGAUUAAUGUGUGACUUGUGUCAUUUAGUGACGGAAAAUAAAACACCCGUAAUGUUGUACAGAACUUUGUUACAUUGAAUUUUUCCCUCUAAUGAUAUGUUUGGGAAUGAGGCUGGUCAAACUGGUUGUCUUUCCACACUAUCUUGUUUUUUUACCUUUCAAGUUCUUGUUAAACAGCUACCAUUUCAUUUCACUCUUGGAUUUCGAGAGAUCAGUGUGUUCAGGAUCAUUGUAAACAUGAUAAGAACACUGAAUGAAUUGUCUCAGCUGAAAGAUAACAGGUUUGGUCAACCGGAUCCCAGGCAUGGUCUCAGACUGCUGUGGUGGUUUGCCAAAAACUGUGUUUCCAUUGACAACUAUGGCAGAAUUACUGCACUGUGCAACCCAGCAACUGGAGAUUUUGGUUUCCGUCGAUUCUAUAACAGAAUUGAAGAUGAUGAAGAUAGACUACUUCCCAACAACAUUACCUUACCAUACUAUGAAGUGGGAAACCUGAAUGACUCUGGCUCGCUACCUUAUUAUGUUACUGUGAAUCACAAUAGAAACUGUGCUGACAGCAACAAAGAUCGCAUUAUUGUUCGCUACAACUCAGAUUUACGCAGCUUCGACAGAAUUUAUGUUACUCAGCAUGCAGAUCAGGUGAAUUUUGAUCAGAAUCACACUUAUCGAAUCAGCCAAGGUCUCAUAAAGGCCAUUAAAGGCUUCUGGAAUCUGGAAGAAUUCCUAAGACAAAUGAAGAAUGCCAGUCCAGCAAAAUUUAAUUUCCAACCUCAAUCCCAUCUACAGGCUCAAUAUGCAUAUCAGCCAAUGGAAACAAGAUCUAUCGUACAGCCGACCCCAUACCAGUACCAGCCCUACAACACGCCUGAUGAUUCAACAUGCCGGUGCAUUUUCUUGUUGAUUUGUGCUGUAAUUGGAUUUCUAUUGCUUCUUUUUUUGGCUGCUAAUUUAAAAAGAUAAAGUUUCCCCAUGCGCCUACUGUACGAUAACCUUUUUAAACAAAGGAUGGAUUUUUAAUUACUUUUUGUUCAAUAUUUUGUUGUUUAAUUUUUGCUUUUUUGCAACUGCAUUUUCAUUAUGUUUUAAUAUUGAUAGCAAGGAUUGGUGAGAAGUUAUAUAAUAUAGGUUGUGGUAUAUUUCUAACUUCCAUGUUAAAAAAACUCAUUUAAUUGUAUUUUUUCAUAUCAAUAAAGUUUAU